CUCAAAAGAUAUCACUAUUUUACACAGUAUUGUUGGUAUUCUUCUUCUGCCCUACUCGACUAAACACAGAACGAUUUUCCAAAAAAAAAUUCGUCUGAACGGGGUGAGCAUUGCGUAGCCGACUAAACAGGGAGUUGUUCUCUAUACCAGAUGGAGUCGGCCGCUACGAUUUUGUUUAGAUUUAGAGGAACGGUUGCAAUCAAGAGAUGGUCGGCCGGUAUUAAUUAUGUAAUGUUGAUAAAGUUUAUAUGGUCAAAAUGGGCUAUGAUCAAUGGGCGCAACCUCACGCUUACGUAUAAGAUGGAUGUGUUUGACGAAUGUAUUCUUCAGGACGAUGAAGAUGUAACAUCCAUGUUUCUCCUUAUGAAAGACUUAAACGUAAGACAUGUUGAAGUAACCGUGAAGGAAGCCGAAGGUGGUUCUGCCCCGGUGAAUAAUUGCAAUGCAUUACAGGUGGCGCAGCCGUUGGUUUCAUUGUUUCAAUAUGAUAGGAAUGUGGUUGUUGCUGAGCAACAAAACACGCAUGUUAUUCAGCCACUCGGUGGUAAGAGAUUGCUCAGUGCUGAAUGGGCGAACUUGAUAAAAGAUGCAGGCCAAGCGUUUGUAGGUGGAGCCGAUGAAUUUCGGAAGUCGCUUGUCAAGUUUUCCAUUGAGAUUGGCUUCGAAUAUGUUUACGUGAAGAAUGAGUCUUCGAGGGUUACGGCUGAGUGUCGUUUCAAGCAUGAUAAGCAAUGUGCCUGGAGGAUCCAUGCGUCGAUCGAUAAAGCUAAUAAUAACUUCUAUAUUCGUAAGUAUGACAAACACCACUCAUGUGGUAUGUUCUUUGGAACGGCAAGCAAGAAGCGUUUAACUUCAAAUAUAAUCAUUGAGCUAAUUGAUGGGUACAUUCGGUCAAUGCCGGCAAUUACCCCUCGUGAUAUACAAGCUCAGAUAAAAGAAAACUACGGAAUUGAUAUAAGUUAUUAUGUCUCAUGGAGGGCCACAGAUGGUGGGAGGAACAAAAUAUUUGGUGAUCACAGUACUUCGUUUUCGUAUCUUCCAGAAUAUUUUCGGGAAGCGGAGCGGACAAAUCCAGGAAGUAUAUUCCAUUUGGAGGUUGAUGAUGUGAAGAAUAUUUUUCGCAGGUGUUUUUUUGCAUUUGGUGCUUGUUUGGUAGGCUUCAAGAUUUGCCGACCAGUAGUGAUGAUUGACGGCACAUUUUUGAAGGGGAAGCAUGGCGGAAUCUUAUUAAGCGCUGUGGGAAAGGACGGCGACGAAGGUUUGUAUUCCAACUUUUUCUAACUAGUGGUUUCUAAUUGUAUUAGUA